CUACGACAAGACAACGAGAAAGGGAAGGAAAGAACAAUGAGACAAUAAGCAUUCCAGAGAAAUUUACGUUGUAUAUGCGCCCAAAAGGCUAUCAUGACGGCUUUGAAUCCUCUCAGUAUGUAAAACCACCCUCGUUCUUACCUAUCACGAAUCACAAUCACAAUCACAAGCACGAGUUCACUUCAUCACUCCCACGAUGUAUCACCAUGACCAUAACCGUUCUACGUCUUCGCAACUAACGAUGAUAUCUACUCUUCUAGUUUCCAAAGCGCGAAAGGUGUGCAUCAAAUUUCUGCUUUUACCACAGGAACAGAACGGUACUAACGAACCUCAAAUCAUAGCCCAAAUUCGACCUUACUCUAAAAGUACUGUCCCCCUCCCCUUAAUCAUAAUAUCAAACUAAUACCAACCCAGAUAAUAGACCUCAACAACGUCCCCCUCGUAACCGGAACCUCCUUCAUAAAAUGGCACCUCCCCUCCUCCACCUCCACCGAACACCGCGGCCGCACAUCCAAAGCCCCCAUCGUGGACCACAAAGUCAGCUACGCCUACACAAAGGUAAUCCCCCUCCGUCUAACAAUCGAUAAAUCCAACAACCUCCUCGAAUGCCCCAUCCACUUCGAAGUACUACAAGACUUCGACACGAGCAGCCUGAAACCCGAGCGCGUGGUCUUGGGCGAACUCACGCUGAAUCUGAGCGAGUAUGUGGAGGAGAGCGAGAUGACUGCCACGGGGGGAGAGGAGGAUGGGGUAACGAGAAGAUAUCUGAUGAUGGAGAGUAAGAUUAAUAGUACGCUGAAGGUGGGCAUUUGUAUGAAGCAGGUUGACGGGGAACGGAAUUUUGUGGCGCCUCCGUUGAAGAGUGCGCCUGUUUUUGGAGGGAUAGCGGGGAUUAUGGCGGGGGAUGGGGGGGAUAAGGAUAAACGUAUGUUUAUAUUUCUUUCUUCUUUGCCUUUUCCUUUCCUCCUCCUCCUCUCUCUUCUCUUCUUCUUCCCUAUCAUAUACAAGCGAGACUAAGAAAACCAGAAGCACCCGUCCUCUCCACCAAACCCCGCGACCAAGGCGAGCUCCAAGACAUGUACCGCCUCGCCCUCGCCGCCUCCUGGGCCGCGCAAGCCAACGAGCUCUCCGCCGACGAAUGCAUAGAAGACAUCUUUAACGGCGGAACCGGGUGGAAAGAAGGCCCACCAUCCCUCCACCCCUCACCCCCACACUCAACCCUCUCCCUGCAAACACCAACCCUACAUACCCUCUCACACACCCACUCGCACGAUCUGCACCACUGGGACCACGACGACAAUAGUCUGCAUGGACGGAGAGACCGCGCGUAUUCCACGACGAGUUUGAAGAGCCAGAAUACUAUUACGAAGAAGGCUUCGUUGCAGAGGAUGAGGGAGAGGGGGCAUAAACACUCCGGGUCCCAGGAGACGGUGGGAUUUGGGAGGGGAGGUGAUGGGGAGGGAUAUGUGAGGGAGAGGGAGGGGGAGGGAAAUGGGAUGGUGAUUAAGAGGAAGGUGAGGGAGGUGGAUGAAUUUGCUGUUAGGGAGGAUUUGGUUGCUUGGAGGGUUCCUGGGGCUGUGGUUUAG